AUGACCACGAACGUCAGUGCACUCAGUGGCGCGAGGCAGCAGGGCCCGCCGGCUAAUAUCUCGGGGGCGGAGCCUGCUGCCUCGGUGACGGGCCCCCAUUGGGUCCCGACCGUCCCGGGCCCGGGGAGCCCCGCCCCUACAGCCCCCCCUGAAGCUCCGCCCCUGUGCAGGACUCCGUGGUUCAACGGCUGGGGGUUCAACCUGCCUCGGGGUCAGUCUCUGCUGGAUAAAUGGAACCUCGUCCCUGAAGGCAUCGACAUCCUGAUGACCCACGGACCUCCGCUCGGUUUCCGAGACUGGGUUCCUAAGGAGCUGCAGCGGGUCGGCUGUGUGGAGCUGCUCAACACGGUGCAGAAGAGGGUGCGACCCAAACUUCAUGCCUUCGGAGGCAUACACGAAGGCUACGGGAUCAUGACGGACGGCUUCACGACGUUCGUCAACUCAUCGACCUGCACCGUCAGCUUCCAGCCCACCAACCCCCCCAUCGUGUUCGACCUGCCCAACCCCUCCAGCUCCUGAGACCAGAGGAGGGGGCGGGGAGGGGCCAGUGCACCAUAAACUCCUUUUUUUUCUAUAAAUAUGUCAAGUUAAAAAAAAAAAACUAUAAGUGUUUCUUUGCAAACUUUUUGGUCUUCUCCAAGCUGUUGUUGAGAUUGAGAAGAUGUGGAGAUGUGGGGCGGGGAUUGGGGGGGUUUGUCGGGGAGGGUCAAAGGAGAAUCCCGGUGUUUGUUUCCAACAAUACUUUCCUGCGUCAAUUUCCAGUCAGCGUGGUGGCAGAUAUCAGGGUUUGUUCUUCUCCAGAGGAACAACAACGUUAUUUAAUCUCAUUCAUUCUGAGAAUUGCAUCAUGCAAGUUAGCAUUUUUGGUAUCUCCGGGUUUCUUUUAAUCACUUUACAAAUACAAGUAAAAGUGACAACAUCAUCCAGGAAAUUAUCUGAGGAGAGCAAUGAUUUUAGGAAACAUUUUUCUCUGAUUAAGAUUUCAUAAAGUUAUUUUCUACAAAACAAGCUCAUUUUUUCACACAUUAUUUCUUUAACAAAUUAAUAUUUGUGUUGGGGGUUUUAACUCAAGUUUACGUUUCUGACAUAAGGUGUUAGAUUGUCACAAAAAAGUAAAUGUCAUAAUGACAGGCGAAUCAUGAGGGAUAUCAACAUGAUUGUCCCCUCCGUACCCUAGUACCAUCAAUUCUGCAUGUCUUUGUUAAUUUGGAAAAAUCAUAUUUAAAAAAAUAAGUGACAAAGUCUACAUGUAUGCAAUGUCAAAUUAAUUUGGUUGAAUUUGAAACAGAGCUGCAAGAAACACCGGUAUUCUCCUUUUCUGGGGGAUUUUGUGGUUAAACAAUCUUGCUCUUGAUAAAUAUUGGUCAGAUCUGUAAGAUAAAUGAUGCUUUGUGAAUUUGUACAAUUUCUUUAUGUUUGGCUUGCAUUGGCCGGACAAUGGAUGCCAUCGUUUUAUGUUGUAUCAUCUGAUAUUUUGUGUUUAGAUCAAUUAUUUUUCUCUCGUCAGUUCCUCUUUUCUUAUUGGCUGACAGGGACGCUGCCUUAAACUAGCUUUAAUGUUUCAGCUAGAGCCCCACUCUCUGCGAGCUCAGAGAAAAGUCCUUAUUUAUUACCCGCAAAACAACACCUGACCAACGCAGGGACAGAAAGCUAUCAAAUUACAGCCCUUAAAAUUAACUUUGUAACAUCCCAUUAUGGAUUUCUGAUCUAAUUUGGAAAAUGUAUGUAUAAAAUAUAUAUAAAUAUAUAUUAUAUAUUCAUGUUGUAAAACAUCUGUACUAAAAGUAGUGUUUGACAAAAAAAAUGAAAAUCUGGUGCAUUUUCUUCUGUAUGCACCAGUAUAAUUGACUUGUUUCUUUAAUGCUCCCAUCAGACGCUCUUUCUUUAAUGUUUUUUGUACGGACUCUGCCAGUAGGGUAGACUUUCAUUUUGGAUGAGAGAGGAACAUUUGUCAGUCACAAUCCAACAGGUGCUGGUUGCUCCCAACAACACGCCUGCCUAAACCUGGUAAAGCUGUCCUUUUAAAGUGUACAUCUGAUAGUAUUUGUGUUUUAUUGCUUUUCUUUUUUCUAAUUUUGCACUGUGUGUAAAUGCAAUCUUGCUAGCACAAAAAAAAUGUUGCCAAUAGUUGUCUCAACUUUGCCGCUGUAAAUGCUCUUCCCGUGCUCUGUUCCUUUCUCGCUCUUUCUCUGAUUGUAUCCCUCUUCAUGGAAAUGUUAGUUCUCUCUUUCAGUUCAUUGUGAUAUAUUUAGCUGCCUUUAUAUGCAAAUAAAAUUGCAAGAUUUUUACUUAUCAA